GCUGGUAGUGUGUUGACUGGAGCUGAUGUCUGUAGAGAUGGUGGAGCUCUCCGUAAAAACCGCGGAGCCGGUCCGGGCCGCCGGCGUCCUGCAGCAGAACCGGGUCUUCCUCGACUUCUUCUGGGACCUGGCCAAACCGGAUCAGGAGGUCCGGCUGAAGGCGGUAGAAGACCUGAUCCAGUACCUGAAGACCAACGAUGAGGCAGAUGAAAUGGAAUACACCUUCAAACGGCUGGUGGAUGGACUGGGGCACACACGGGAGACAGCGAGGCCUGGAUUCAGUCUGGCUCUGGGACAUGUCUUGAGUGCGUUUGAGGACGUCCCCCUGCAGAGUGUCCUCGACAGGGUCAAAGAAAAGCACAAUCUGCUGACAGUGAAGAAGAAACUUAUCAGAAAUGCUAUGUUUGGAAACUUGUUCGGCGUCCUCGCCCUUCAACAGUCCAGUCGCCUCUCUAAAGAGCCACAAGUGGUGCUGGGUUGUGUUAAGCUCCUCCAGAGCCUCAGUCAGCACAGGCAACACCUGAAGGACCUGCCCAAUAAAACCAUGAUGGACAUCCUCAAUGAGAUCCCAGAGGAGGUUUUUGAGGAGGUCCUGCUGAGCACUCUGAAAACGGACCUGGCCUCAGCCUUCAACACUCCAGAGCAGAUGCAGCUGCUGCUGGUGGCCCUGCAGCGUUUCCCACAAACACUCAAACCCAAGAAACUCAAGAAGCUGCUGGGCUCCUCGACCAUCAUCAACGCUGAAAACAUCCCAAAGCUGGUGGAGGUGUUAAAGACGGCAGCCCGCUCGGUGAAGAAGGAGUGCGUCCUCCCGGGAGUGGUCCUGGACCUCCUGAAGCUCUCCCUGAAGGAGGACAGCUUCCAGCUCUUCUGGAAUAAAGCCAUCGCCGAGGGCAUGUUGAAGGAUCACCUGCAGGGACCGACACAUUACCUGAGCUUCCGUCUGCUGGGCAGCGCUCUGCCUCAUCUGUCUGUGGACCAGCUGAAGGACGUGCUGUCCGGAGAGGUGAUGAUGAACUACGGAGAACACGUGGUGUCUGCUCAGAAACCCGACCGCUUCAAGCUGGCUCCAGAGAUGGAAGUCUACGUGUCGGACUUCUUGCAGGGCUGUGAGGACUCGGACAAACAGCUGGUGGUGAUGGUGGCCUUCUCCUCGCUGACCAACCAGGGUUACCCCGUGGUGCCGUCGGUGUGGAGGGUGGUGCAGCACCUCCAGCCUGCAGCUCUGCAGGGUUACGUGGACUGGCUGAAGCAGACGUUCAAGCAGCCUCAGUUCGACAAGCUGCUGGACUUCAGCACUCGCAAGCAGAAAGACAACAAGGAUUUACGGGAACAGAAAGAGGAGCCCAUAGUUCGCCUGAGGAAGUGGAUCGUUUCCCGACUCACCUCAAUUAUUGACAACCACCAGGUGAAGAAGCAGGAGGAUCUCAUCAUGGAUGUGGCCAGGUUCGUCUUCUUCCACGCUUUCUUCAGCUCCAAGAAAUCGACAGCUGACAUCCCAGAGACGAAGGGGAAGCUCUCCGUCCCAGUUGAUGAUAAAACCAGAGCAGUGCUCGUCAGUUCUUUCUUCGGUCUUCUCCUGUCCAUGCACCACCUGCCCCCUGCUGAUGAAGCAGCCGAAGGCGCGGCCGCCAACCAGAAGCGAGUGCUGGGUGCGACAGCUGAUGGCACCAUGUGGAUCUAUCACCUGGUCCAGUACGCCCAAGUCCUGCUCAGCCAGCCAAAAUCCAUCCAGAGCAGCAAACCUUUCAGCCCCGAGCAGCAACAGGCCUGGGACAGCAUGCUGGAGUCAGUGGCGAACCUGAAGAAGAAAGCUAAGAAAGGCCAAACAACAGAGAGCCGCGCCUUCCAGCAGCUCUUCCUAUUGGUCGGCAUGCACCUCUUCAAGGCGCCCGAGGAGCUGCUGGACAUCAUGAAGGACAUGCAGAGCUGUGUCGACAAAGCCCAGGAGAAGAAAUCCAAGAAGAAAAAGAAGAAGCAAGCCACAGAGGAGGAGCAGGAGCCUGAUUGGGUGGAGGUGAUGGUGGACAUCUUGUUGUCCCUUCUGUCCCAGCCGAGCCGCCACAUCAGACAGGUCUGCAAAACCGUCUUCACCUCCAUCUGCCCCCACGUUACCCCAGCAGCCCUCACCGCCAUCUUAGACGUUUUGGACCCAGAGAAGGAUCAGGAGGACGGUGGCGUUCUUAUCACUGAAGACAAAACCCAGAAGACGAAACUAGACGAGGAAGAUGGGGAGGAGGAUGAGGGUGAAGAGGGUGAAGAAAUGGAGGACGAGUCUUCAGAAGGAGAAGAUGAUGACUCUGACAAGGAUGAUGAAGCAAUGGAGGAAGAGGAAGACGAGGAGCAAAUGGAAGCAGAGGUGGACCAAAAUUUCCGUUUGGAUUUGAUGAAGGUGUUGCAGCAGCAGAACGCUCUGGCCACAGAGGAGGACGCCAGCGAUGACGAAGACCUGGAUGAUGACGCCAUGAUGGAGCUGGAUAAAGGCCUGGCAGCUGUGUUCACAGAGCAUAAGAAAAAUGCCCAGGCCAAGAAGGAUGAGAAGACAAAAAUACUCAAAGAGAAGAUGCUGGUCCGGGACUUUAAGAUCAAGGUGUUAGACCUCAUUGAGGUUUUCGUGGCACGGCAGGCCGGCAGUCCUCUGGUGCUGGGUUUGGUGGAGCCUCUGCUCAACCUCAUCGACAGAGGAAUGAGCUCCGACAGCAACCAGCAGGAGCAGGACUUCCUGCGCCGAGCUGCAGACAUCUUCAGGAACCAGCUGUGUAGGUCCAAGGUUUACUGCAGGACCGCUGCUGACAGACAGGGGGAGCUCCAUGACCUGCUGGAGAAACUGAUGACCAAAGCCCAGAAACUGAACGAUUCCUCAGUUUGUCUCUACUACUUCAGUGCGUCUCUGUACGUGGUGAAGGUGCUGAGAGGAGUUCCUCCCGAGACAGAAAAGCAGCAGACCGAUGAGAAGUCAGCAGAAAGUGAACUGAGGUUCAUGGGUAACUUGGAUGUGGAUCGCGUCUCGACCGUCUUCAGGGAAGCUCUGACCUCCUUCAUGGGCCGCAGGAAGAGCCCUCUGACCGCUCAGAUGUUCACCGACUUGUUCAACAGAUUCCCCGUUCUGUGUGUGAAUCUGUUGGAUACAGCUGUGCAGCACAUCACAUCUGCAGUCAGACAACAUCAGCAGGGCCAAGCUUGUGUGCUGGUUUUGCGGGGGAUGCAGAGCAGGGAGGUUCAAAAGCUUCUCAGCGGUGCUCCAUGGACCGAGCUCUGUGGGAAGAUUGCAGGUCAGCUGGCAGCGUGUCUGAAGCAGCUUGGGGAACAGACUGAGAGCAAGGUGGUGAGGGAGAAGGUGUUGAAAACCCUGGAGCUCUCUCAGUUCCUCGUCAAGCACGUUCACCAGCAGAAGCUGACCGCUGACCUGGAGCCCCUUCAAACGGUCCUGCAGGGCCUGACCAGCGUCCUCACGUUUAACAGGACCGGCAAGAUGGAGGACACCUACUGGGCCGUGAUGAAGCACUUUGGAGUCAUGAAACCCAAAGUAGAAAAAGUAAAGCCUGAUAAGGAGGCCGCACAACAGUCACUUCCCAAGAAGAAGAAGGGCUUUCUACCCGAAAGUAAAAAGCGGAAAAAGCGCACACUGCUUGAUUUAGAGCCUGCAGGAGUCGCAGUAGAGCAAGCUCCCCCCGGAGACAAACCAGUGGCCGUCAAACCAGGGGCCGCCAAACCAGUGGCCGCCAAACCAGGGGCCGACAAAGGACAAGCCAAAAAGAAACGCUCCAAGAAAUCAAAGCAGAAGCGACCAGCCGAUGGAGCAGCGGCGUCUCAGCCCAACCCGGCCAAGAAGAGCAAGACACAGCCAGAGAGCAGGAUGGCAAUGAAGAAGAAGAAGCCCAAACAGAAGAAAGAGGAAGGAGGGCCAAAGUGAUGUGGACACUGUUAUUUUAAUGGACACAAAUUAGUUUUUUGUUAAUUUCCUUUAUGGCCGUGUCUUCGUCUGUUAAUUUGUCUGCUGCACGCACGGUAAUCUCCACUGCCACUCUGUGUCCGGCUAUAUGUUGCUGUAUGAGAUACUGAAAAGUUCCGAUGUGUGGGAAGUUAAUUAGGAAAAUAUUUUUCUAAUGUGCAGCUUUUGAUUAAAAAUAUAUAAACAACAACUCUAGAAUGCCUUGAGGGACUUUCUUCAAAUUUGGUACAAGCGUUCAUUUGGAGGUUGUAGGUCAAAGGUCACGGUGGCUUCGUGUUCAUGUGAACGUGAUGUAUCAGGAAAACCGUUGGGAAUUUUAAGCAUAUUCUUGGAGCCGGAUGACCUGACUCGAAUUUGGAGGUCAAACAUCACUCUGACCUCACAAAACCCCUUUGAACCUCAUAAAUGCGUUAUCGUAACAAAUCUUGAGAAUUAUUUUAAUUAGGAACAAAUGUUCACUUAAGCUCAAGGAGUAAUUGAUUAGAUUUUGACGGUCCAAGGUCAAAGUGAGAACAUUGGCGUCUUGAACAUGAUAUCUCAAGUUUGACUUUAGGGAAGAGGUGGAGAAAAACAACCGCUUUAGGUGUAGGUUGAAAAUCCAAGUUUAAUGCUCGUCAUGAGCAAUUUUAAAUUUUAAAUCUAAGUAAACUCAAUACGGUACAAAUGUUAUAGGCACUUAAACCUGAGGCAGGAUGCUUCCAAAAUGAUAUCCAGGAAUAGUUUUUAAUAAUCAGUGAAGUUAAUACAAAGUGAAUAGAAAAAGAAAAAAAUCGAAUGACUGUUUGAUGUGACCACCCUCUGAUUUGAAAACAGCACCACUUCUCCUUAAAGCUGCACUGGUCUCCGCAGUAGUUGGAGACUGCCUGACUCUGUGGUGUUAAGAUCAAGGCUCUGUGGGAGCGGUGCCGUCUGUUGCAGGACUCAAUGUCCUUCUUGUGGCUGAAGAUAACUUCUUAAUGACUCUGGCUGAAGAAUGAAUUUAGAACUGUUCAGGAUCUAAACCUUUAAAGUCCCUAAAACUUUUACACAGCACUGUAUAUUAUGUCUGCUACUACUAACCCCAUGUGGAGAACAAAGCAAACUUUUAAAUUGUUUGCUAUUGUUUGUCAUCUUGUAUAAUUUUUAACUUUGAAAGCAUCUUGUAAAUGUGUUUUGAAAGAUGCUAUAUAAAGAAAAGUUUAUUAUAAACUAUCUUCAGAUGCAUAUUAAUACACAGUCGGCAGGACAGCUUAUGUGACUUUAAAUGGGUUCGGUUUGAAAUGAAGGACUCGACAUCCAGUAUUAAACUCAUUGAUGUGUUUUUAAUGAUUUUUGGGAAUGACUCCAUGUGAUGUACUUUUAUUGAUCCUCUGUAGAAAGAAUUAAAAUUUGACACAGCAGCACAAAAAAGUAGCUGCACAACGGGAAAAUGUAAUGAGAAAUAUAAUGAGGAUAGAAACACACUGAAAUAAAUAAGAUAAAUAUGAAAUACUA